CAUCUGUCUAUAAGACCACUCCUCAGUUUCUGAAGAGAAGUACAGUGCAGAGCUCCUGACCUCUGCACCUGGAUCUGCAACCAUGAAGGUGGCAACUAUCUUUCUUGGCGCCUUGGCCCUGCUCAGUUUAGCAGGUAAUACCACAGCUGACUUCGUGGGCAAAAAGGCUGAUUGCAAUUAUGGAGCUACAGGAUGUCCCAGGAUUUAUGACCCUGUGUGUGGGAUGGAUGGAAUUACUUACUCCAAUGAAUGCAGGCUGUGCUCUGAAAACAGGGAACGCCAGGUUCCUGUCCUCAUUAGAAAAUAUGGGCCUUGCUGAAAGUCAAGAUUUCGAACUCUUUUAAGACUACUACUAUGCUUGGCUAGCCUGUUUGUUGAAUAAAUGCAUCUGAAUAGA